AUGGAGCAGAACCUCGACGCCACCGCCCGCGAGGGCUCUCCCGACCCGCAGCUGUCCUCCAUCGCCCGCCCCGGCAUCUCUGAGCCCACCGAGUCCUAUCUACCUCCGCAUCUGCGUGCGUCUGUUACUGCUGUCCCCGUUACCCCGGGCAUUACGAGCGAGGCCUACGACCCGGAACAAAGCGAUAGGCUCGCCGACGGAGCUACGAGUCCCGGCUACUUUUCCAGAAAGGUGGUCGACCACGCGAUUGCCGCCUCACCACCUCCGCUUGACCCAAGCUCUGAAGGAGCGACCCCUGACAACAUUGCUGCUGGGGAAGAACAGGGCAAAGAGUUCAACAGGCGCGUCAGCAAGGCAGCCAUGGGAUUGCGCGCAGAGUCCAUGUCGGAAAUUCGGGCGAUUAGCCCAGGCCUCGAACUCGGCGGGAACAUAAUCUCUGCGACGUUCAAUAUCCCCCACUCGCUGAAAUAUCGCAAGGGGGCGGACUGGGAAUUGCGACCCCGCCAAGGCCAGUCGGCCCUGUUCGACGCCUUCUCGUACCUAUCCUCGGACGAAGCCCCUUGGAACCACACAUGCGUCGCAUGGACGGGCGAGAUAGAUUUUCCGUUGGACAUACUCUCGCCGCCGGGGACGCCGCCCGCGAGCGCGACUCACCCACGGCCCCUCAAUGUUCUUUCCGCGCCGAUUCCUGUCGAUGGCUCGAGAGCCCCACCCACACCUCCUCUAGUCGAUGGUCUGAGGAUCCCCCGCGAAGACAUGCACCGCCUCGAGCACCAAUUGUCGCACGAUAAGAGAAUAAAAACAGUGCCGGUUUGGCUCGCAGACGACGCGGAUGGUUCCGACGACGGCAUCACGCUGAAGGACCAGACGAGAUGGAGACGGUUCGCAGAGCACGACCUCUACACGCUGUUCCACUACAAGCAGCACGAGCCGACCGACGGGCGAGCCGAGAGAACGCAAUGGGCUGAUUACUACCGGAUGAACCAGAAAUUUGCCAACAAGAUCCUCGAAAUUUACAAGCCCGGAGACAUUGUCAUUGUGCACGACUACAACCUGAUGCUCUUGCCCAGCAUGCUUCGCCAGCGAGCACCCCACAUGUACAUCUCCUUCUUCCUCCACUCGCCCUUCCCUAGCAGCGAGUUCUUGAGGUGCCUGCCUCGGAGAAAGGAGGUGCUCGAGGGCGUUCUAGGCUCCAACUUGGUUGGAUUCCAGAGCUACAGCUACUCGCGCCACUUCUCCAGCUGCUGCACGCGCAUCCUUGGCUUCCCCUCCGAUACCACCGGAGUGGACGCCUACGGUUCCCGUGUUGAGGUGGGCGUCUUCCCAAUCGGCAUUGAUGCGACCAAGGUGACGAGUCUUGCGUGGAAGGACCCCGUCAACGAAAAGUACCAGGCUCUGAAGAAGAUGUACGCCGGCAAGAAGAUCAUCGUCGGCCGCGACCGGCUGGAUAGCGUCCGAGGAGUCCCCCAGAAGUUGAUGGCGUUUGAGAGAUUUCUGGAAAUGUAUCCCGAAUGGCGGGAGAAGGUUGUUCUCGUGCAGGUUACAUCUCCGACGAAUAACGAGGCGGAGAAGGAAGACACCGAGAACAAGAUUGCAAGCCGUGUGAACGAGCUCGUCAUGAAGAUCAACGGCAUGUACGGCUCGCUUGGCUUCUCGCCGGUCCAGCACUACUCUCAAUACAUUAGCCAGGACGAGUAUUUUGCGCUCCUUCGGGCCGCCGACAUUGGCCUGAUCACAUCGGUCAGGGACGGCAUGAACACGACAUCGUUGGAAUACGUGGUCUGCCAGCGCGAAUCUGCGGGCCCCUUGAUUCUGUCCGAGUUCAGCGGCACGGCUGGUUCGCUCAAGGAUGCCAUUCACAUCAACCCAUGGGAUUUGACGGGCGUUGCCGAGCAGAUCAACAACGCCCUGACCAUGUCGGAAGACCGCCGCCAGGCGAUGGAGCAGAGCCUCCUUGCUCAUGUUACUAGCAAGAACGUUCAAUACUGGAUCGCUGGCUUCCUGCGCCGGUUGGUAAACGUUUUGGGCAGCAGAAAGAACGUCAUCUCGACCCCCCUCCUCGACCGCGCCACGAUGCUCCAGAGAUACACCAGCGCGAAAAAGCGGCUGUUCAUGUUCGACUAUGACGGUACUCUAACGCCAAUUGUACGGGAACCAAGCGCUGCUGUUCCAUCGGAGCGUGUCAUUACAAGCCUGAAGGCCCUUGCGGCGGACCAUCGGAACGCGGUAUGGAUCAUCUCCGGCCGCGACCAAGAAUUCCUCAGCCAGCACCUGGGCCACAUCUCGGAGCUAGGCUUCAGCGCCGAGCACGGUAGCUUUAUGAGACAUCCCGGCACGACAACGUGGGAGAACCUGGCCGAGAAGUUCGACAUGGGAUGGCAAGUCGAGGUCAUGGAGGUUUUCCAAAAGUAUACGGACAAGGUUCCUGGUGCUUUCAUUGAGCGCAAGCGGUGCGCGUUGACUUGGCACUAUCGGCUUGCCGAUCCCGAGCAAGGUCUGCACAUGUCGCGCGAGUGCCAGAAAGAACUCGAGACAACUGUCGGCCGUAAGUGGGACGUCGAGGUGAUGACUGGAAAGGCCAACCUCGAGGUCCGUCCGACGUUCAUCAAUAAGGGCGAGAUCGCCAAGCGUCUGGUCACUACAUACAACCAGGAACUGCGGGCUCUCAACGCGUCGGCAGGGGACUCGGGCGCGACCAAACUCGAGUUUGUCCUUUGCCUGGGAGACGACUUCACGGACGAGGACAUGUUCCGUUCAUUGAAUGUUCUUUCGGCCCCUUCAGACGGGCAAUCCGAGAUUGAGUCCGACAACUGCUUUAGCGUCACCGUUGGCGCAAGCACCAAGGUAACAUUGGCGCGAUGGCAUUUACUAGAGCCCGAGGAUGUCGUCGAGUGCGUGGCGUUACUGGCUGGAGUUGGCGGCGGCGGCGGUGGGGCCGCUGGGGGUGCACUCAGCAUGGGCGAGGUCAAUCUAGCGGCUAUGAGUGUCGUCGCCGACCACAUCCCGAAGUAA